AUGGGUUCCGGUGCCAGCAGCGCCAGCGGUGCGCUGCGCACAGAGACCAAGGAGAGCUACCACUCCAAUGACGAGCCGAAAUCCGGCUCCGGCUGGCCCUCGAUGCCCUUCCGCAACUGGCUGGAGUGGACCACUGGCAGUGAGAAGAUUCAAACUUUCCGGCCCGCUGUGGCUUUUCUGAAUGUCCUUUCCUCUCCGAACACUAGCCUGCCAGUCUAUGUUCGCACCAUCAUCGACGAGGUGAUGCGCAUUUUGAAUGCGGACCGGUGCUCCAUCUUCUUCGUGGACGACAUGCGCCGGGAGGUUUGGUGCGUGGGGUCUUUGGACAUGAUGCCCUUCAACAUGCCCUGGGACAAGGGCAUCGUGGGGAUGGUGGCCACGGAGGGGAAGCUGGUGAACCUCCAAGAUGCGCACAGCCAUCCCGCCUUUGACCCGGAGAUCGAGAAGAAGACCGGCUAUGUGGUGAAAGGCCUCAUCUCGCUGCCGUUAAAGAGCACCAUGAACCAUGAAAAGACCAUCGGCGUGAUCCAGGUGCUGAACAAGCGGAACUCCUCGGGGGCCUUCUCCGAGGCGGACCUGGAGGAGCUGCAGAAGAUCACGAUGGUGGUUGGAGACUCCUUCUACCGCCAGCGCUGGAAGGCUCUAGAGAGCGUCUUCGAGAAUAACGACACCGAAGUGGCUGCGGUGCUGAACCAGCACAGGGAGCGCACGGUGGGCAGCAGCCAGAGCAGCCGCACCCCGGCGAUGAGCUCGCCGCCGGAGAUCUUGCGGUCCUUGAGCCGCCAGCCCUUCCUGCGGGCGCACUCCCCGCUGUCUGUGGACGACUUGGUGUCCCUGAACUUCGACGUCCUCGAACAGCGUGAGAGCUUCCUCGAGGAGCUAGUGCCUGACAUUCUGAGACACGCUGGUAGCAUCGAUGCCUGCAAGAUCCAGGAGGAAAAGCUGGGCGCAUGGGCCAGCACGGUGCACCAGGGCUACCGGACCAAUCCCUUCCACAACUUCUACCACGGCUUCGGGGUCUAUCAGAUGUGCUUUUAUCAGCUGAGCGUGCUGGACACGUUCAGCAAGAUCUCCGCCACACAGGGCUUCGGCAUGCUGGUGGCGGCGCUUUGCCACGACAUCGAUCACCCCGGAGUGACCAACAGUUACUUGAUGAAGCAGCAGGACGACUUGGCGCUGCGCUACAACGACGUCUCGGUGCUGGAGAACCACCAUGCGGCCGUGGCGUGCACCAUCCUACGGGACGGCGCCACCAACAUCGCCCAAGGCAUGGACUCCGCGGAGCAGGGCAUCUUUCGGAAGACCAUCAUCAAGUGCAUCCUCGCUACCGACAUGGCCCACCACCAGGGGCUCUGCCAGCGACUGAUAGGCUGCGUGAGCGCGGAGGAUUUCCAGUCCACGGUCACGGAGGACACCCAGCUGCUGAUGAACGUCUGCGUCCACGCGGCGGACCUCUCCGCGCAAGUGCUCCGCUGGGAGGUGGCCAAGAAGUGGGAGGACCGGAUCUGCCAGGAGUUUACCGAGCAGGCGGCCAAGGAGGAGGAGCUGGGCUUCACGCCGGAGCCUUUCAUGCACUUCAAGAUGGAGGACACGAAGCAACGCGGCAAGCUGCAGCGGGACUUUAUCGACUUCGUCCUGCGCCCGCUGUGGGCAGCUCGCACAAAAGCUGAGCUCGGGAAUGGCGACUGA